AUGUAGACAGCAUCGAUAUUUAAUGGGAAAUAUGUAGUGUAAAAGAAGAUAUCCUCUGGAUCUUUUGGUGUAGUUUUAUUGGGACGUGAUAAAGACAGAAAUAUAGAUGUGGCAAUAAAAAUAGAGAAGGAAGAAAAUGAAGAAGUGCGUUCUUUGGAAAGAGAAGUUUAAGUUUUAGAAAGACUUAAUGGAAUAGAAGGAGUUCCUAAAUUAUAUUGGCAUGGUGAAUAGGAUGAAUAUAAUGUUAUUGUGAUGCAAAUAUUGGGAAAAGAUUUAUCAUAUUAUUUGAAGGGUAAAAAAAGAUUCUCAUUUAAAACAACAAUCUAAUUAGGGAUUUAAAUAGUAAAAGUUUUAGAGAGAAUUCAUAACAAAGGAGUUGUUCAUAGAGAUUUAAAACCAGAAAAUGUGUUAUUCGGAAUUGAUGAUGAAUGUUCUAAAAUUUAUGUGGUUGAUUUUGGAAUUAGUAAAAUAUAUAGAGAUAAGAAUGGAAACAUUCAGUAAAUUAGAAUUAAAUAUAUUAAGUCCAUUUCGUGAUAAUACAUCAUUUAUUGGUACUACUAGAUAUGCUUCGAUAGCAGCACAUAAAGGAUAUGAAUUAAGUAGAAAAGAUGAUAUUGAAUCAUUAAUAUAUGUUCUGUUAUAUUUUAUGAAAGGGUAAAGGAAUUAUGAAUUAUAAAAAGUCUAGGCAGUUACCAUGGCAAAAUAUGCAGAAUGUUAAUGAUGAAGAAAGAACAACGAAAGUUGGAGAAAUGAAAAUGUCUCUAGAUUCUAAAGAAUUAUGUAAAGAUGUACCAAAUGAAUUUGCAAUUAUAUUAGAGUAUUUAUUAUAUUUAAGUAAGAUAUCUAAAGUAAUUGUAAUAUUAAAGUGAGCCAAAUUACAAUUUUGUUUAUUAAUAGUUUGAAAAAGCAGCAGAGAAUUUAGGAAUAUAACUAGAUAAUUCAUUUGAUUGGGAUACGUAAUAGCCAAUGAAAAUCUCUUAAGGUGCUCAUUCUGAAAUAAUGUAAAGAUCUACUACUUUGAAUUAAUAAUUAUAACUUCCAUCAACUGGUGAAAUGAAAAAGUCUCUUGAUAAAUAAGGAAGUAAUCUGAUCAGAUAGUAUAAAUCCAUAUCUAUAUCUGAUUAGAAUGAGUAAUAAUCAAUUUUUAGCACCUCCUUAAUCAAAUUAGUUACAACCUCCUGCUUUAAAAAGAUAAGAUUCUUCAUAGUAACCAAGUAUUGUAUCAGGUAGUGUUAUGUUAAGCACAUAUAAUUCAAUAAAACCAAAAUAUUAAGCUUCUUAAUUGGGUUUAGAUGUUAAAUUUAGUGUUGAUACUCUACCUAAAGAAUUAAGUUAAAGAAGGAGGGAGGUAUCUGAAUUAAAGAAUGAUCAUAAUCCUAAUAAUGAAACUAUUGGAGAAACAUUAGGUUAUAGAGAUUCUAUUUUUGAAGAGAAUUUUGAUGAAAUUCCAUUAUCCAAAAAAUAUGGAAUUUUAUAAUAAUAAGGAGUUAAUAUGUAAAUCAAUUUAUUAUUUAAUUUAGAUAUCGAAAAUAAAUCAAUUCUAGUGCUAGUCCUAAUAGAUAAAAGAAAAAAAAUUGA